AUGUUAAAUGUCCCAUACCGGGAACUAGUGGGUGGUCUACAGUACUUGGCACAAUGUACGCGGCCGGAUAUCUCCUAUGCUGUCAAUGCUGUCAGCAGCUUCUCGAAUAAUCCAGGCGAGUCUCACUGGGUGGCGACGAAACGCAUUCUUAGAUACUUGAAGGGUACCAUGGCACAGAAGCUAGUGUGUCGUAAGCAAGAAAAAGCGAUGUUCGAAGGAUUCAGUGAUGCGGUUUGGGGGAAUGAUCCUGUAUCUAGACGAUCUGUCACCGGUUACUUGUUCCAGUUUGGUGGCGGGUCGGUUUCAUGGAGCUGUCGACGACAACCUACAGUGGCCUUAUCUACAACUGAAGCCGAAUACAUGGCGUUAUCUUCGGCUUCGCAAGAGGCGUUAUGGUGGCGCGGUUUCCGUAGUGAGGUAAAUGGUAAGCACGAAUCGGUUAAAUAA